ACGUUUGACAUACAUAGUUAUUCCAAUUCAACUGCUGUGCUUGUUUGUAUUUUAGCUAUGUUUUCAGUUUAAGUUUUAAUUAUAGAUAUACGUUAAGUAUACGUUAUUAUACGCUUGGACUAGAUGUUGUUUGUCUGCUUACAAAAACAUAUCGUCUAGAGAACAAAAAUAUCAAUGACAAUUAUAGCAACUAUUUAAGUAAAUAAAUGUUGAUAAUAUGAAUUGAGAGAAAAAUCUGUAGUUUUUUUUUAACUUUAUUUAUGGUGUUUUGGUGGUUAUUUGCGCUGGUGAAGAGGUUUUCGUGUUGGUUUUUUAUACUAAUUAUAAAAAAAUUAUGGUAAACAAAAACAGCUGAUCUAAUGACAUACGCAAAUACCGCAACCACAGCAGUCUAUUCUACGCAAUUUGUUGCUUGAUCGAACUUUUUUCGUUGUUUUAUUAACAUAAAUUCACUCGGGAGGUUCCUAGCUAUGCAGUUGACUAUGUAGUAAGGACGACUGCUGUGAUUGCGCAAUUCUAUGCCCUACCAGCAUAAACACAUACACUAAAUAAUAAUAACAUUUAAAAAUGUCAAUCGUCACACUGAGCUGGGAGGAGUUUUUGCAAGAAGCUACAGAGUUUCAAAAGAUUUCUGAUAGUCUAGGUGACACUUGGACUUUGUGUAAGAAGAUCUGUACUGUAAAUCUAAUAUUGCAGGAUGAACAAGAGGGCAAUGCAUAUCUCAUUUACGAACAGAAAAUAAUAAACACUGUUGAUCAGAAAAGUGAUUGCGAUGCUUUGGAAGAAACUAAUGAUUGUAUAGUGCAUGAAAUUGCAGCGCUACCAACGCCAAGUAAUGAUUUACUUAAAAUUGAAUAUCACAUCAUUUACAGCAUAUCUUAUCAAGUGCCGGUUAUGUAUUUUCGCAUCUAUCGUAGUGACGGCAGCAUGUUGUGUAUCGAAGACGCCUGGCGCAUAUUUCGUAGCUAUAGCAGCAACACCAGUAAUACCAAUAGUGUGGAUGCUACUGCUCAACGCACCGUUGCAGAUAUGCUGAGCAUUAUGACGCAAUUGGAUCAUCCGGUGCUGGGCAAACCAUAUAUAGCAAUACAUCCCUGCCGUACGGCGGAGUUGCUGGCGCAAGCGGGUAGCAGUCGCAAUCGCAUACUCACCUUUAUCAGUUUGAUGGGUCCGUAUGUGCAAUUAAAUUUAAGAAAUGAAUAUGGCAAGGAGUACUCUGAUAGCUAAAUUGUUAAUUACAAGUAAAUACUACUUACUUGAGAGUAUACAAAUUGAAUAAAGCUUUGUGGUGGUGAAUAUUUUCAUAUUUUAUUUAUA